GCAGCCGGCAUGGAGCUCGCGGAGGCGCGGCAGAGCUCAGUGCCGGGCGGCACGGUGACCGGGACAGCCCCGAUUCCUUCCAGGCGCCACCCCUUGCUCCGUGUUCCCGGUCCCUAGACGCCUCUUCCUCGCGCUGGUCCCUCUCUCUCUCUCUUUCUCUCUAUGGAUUCAUUUCAGACUGAACAGAUGUUGUGCUUGCCCGCAGGGCUCGGCCACAACAACUUGGAGCUGGCGGAGCCAGCGGAGCGGGCGGCAUCGGCAGCAGGAGUAGACUCGGGCGCCCACCCGGAGGCGACUGCGGAGAGCCCCGAACCUCUACAGAGGCGGGAGCUGGAACAAGAGCAGCCUCCCAGGACCUCGCCGCCGCCGGAAUGCAAAGUUCUACUCACACAGGCCGGUGCCUUGGCAUCUGGGGGGCGCCUUCGGGAAGCCCUCGAGGUGUACAGACAGCUCUCUGCGCGGCAGCAGCUGGUGGCCGAGCAGCUGGAGCAGCUGGUGCGCUGCCUGGCAGAGAGAGUCCCGCAAAAUGAGGCGCUGGCGCCCGCGUCCUCCGACCUGAGUAGCGAAGCAAGCUGCACUGUGGCAGUGGAAGAGGCAGGGGCUGCCAUGGCCACCGAGGUGUGGGAUGGCUUUAAGUGCCGAAAGUGUCAAGGAUUUCUAUCAGAUCCCGUGUCCUUGGCGUGCGGACACACCUUUUGUAAACUGUGCUUGGAACGUGGGCGGGCAGCCGAUCGGCGCUGUGCGCUGUGUGGGGUCAAACUCUCCACGUUGAUGGUGGCCGCUGGACGAGCGCGCGGGGCCCGGCGGGCUGGGCAGCAGGCGCCCCCGCCGUUGCGGGUCAACGUGGUGCUCAGCGGCCUCCUCGGCAAGUUGUUCCCGGGCCCGGCGCGGGCGUCGCAACUCCGGCACGAGGGCAACCGGCUGUACCGCGAGCGCCAGGUGGAGGCGGCGCUGCUCAAGUACAACGAGGCAGUGAAGCUGGCUCCAAAUGACCACUUGCUUUAUAGCAAUCGUUCUCAAAUUUAUUUCACCUUGGAGUCUCAUGAAGAUGCACUGCAUGAUGCAGAAAUAGCAUGUAAACUCCGCCCAAUGGGUUUUAAGGCACACUUCAGAAAAGCACAAGCCUUGGCCACCUUAGGCAAGGUGGAAGAAGCCCUGAGAGAGUUUAUCUACUGCGUAUCCCUUGACGGAAAGAAUGAGAGAGCAAGAUGGGAAGCACAAAGGGAAAAUCCAGAGCUCCCGCAUUGUUCUAGUCAGGAGGAAGCAGCAGCCAUGGGAGACAGGAGCAGCCAGGUGAACGCAGCUGAAGUAAAGGUAGAUGAUCAACAAGAUAACACGAAAGGCCAGGAAGAAGAAGAGGAGGAGAAGCUGAAUGCUGCCUCCAUCAAGACUGGUAAACACCAGGAAAAGAAAAGGAAGCAUUGCCAAAUUGAACUCCAAAAAGACACCGAGGUGCCUAAUAAAGCCUCCAAGCAAGAUCUUCCCCCAGAGCAGGGGGACAAGCCUGCUCUCAGUAUUCCGCUUGCAUCUUUUGACGCAUCUGACCUCGAAUGCUCCCUAUGUAUGAGGUAUGUGACAUGUGCUAUCGGUACCUGAUAUUUCCUCCUCUCUGGUAUCUGAAUCUUUCUGCUUGUGACCUGCUACUCAGUGGCUAGCACUAAAAAAGAAUGGUUCUAAUGAAAUGAGAGUCACAACAUUGUCAUGUGGGUCACCUUGUAUCCCCUGCUUACAGACUGCAUCCUUGAUUCCUGACUUGGAAAGAUCUGGAAAAUGGCACGGAAAUGGUCUACUCAUAGGUCACAAACUGAUGGCUCUCAAGUUGGCUGUGUCUUUUGUGUGACCCUCAUUGGGUUUGUUUUUGUUAAAUGUUAAUGUUCUGAGGCAGGACAUACACUUUCCAGUUGGUCGUGAUCCUACCCUCACCCAUCACUGAGGCUUACAUUUGCAUUAUUUUUCUGGGCCCUGUAGAUAUUUAAGCUAUACUAUUUAAGAUAUUGUGACCCUAGAUGUAAGCUUAGCUACUUGAUCAAGAGCUCAAAGCUCAAGGGUUAAUGUCAAUGCCACAGGCCUGCUCUUUGGAAGCCAAGUAGAGGGCCUAACUAGCUUGUGUUUUAUGCUGUGCCAUGAACAGCAGUUAGUUGUAGAUGUGAGACAUUUGGUCAAGGACUUCUUCUCCAACUAGUGUCACAUCAUCUCUACUUUCUCAGCUUUCUGGAGAGACAGAUUAUUCAUAUUCCCCCACUACAAAAAAAGAAAGACACUGUGAUCAUGGUCUCAGUAACAUAAAAUUAAAAAAAAAUUACUUUCAUUUGUUUCAUUUCACAGCUGUGGCUUAGUGGCUAAGAGAAAGUUCUCCAAAGUCAGAGUUUAAAACCUGGGUCUUUUUGUUUACGGAUUGUUUGUCCUAGAGCAAGUGACACUCUCUGCCACCAUUUUCUCAUCAAUAUAAUAGAGAACAGUAGACUCUACUUCAUAGGGUUGUUGCAAUUUAUCAAGAAAAUCUGAUUAGUACCUAGAAUAGUGCCUGCAAUAUAGUGAGCACUCAAUAAAUGUUAAAUAUUUUUCCCUCCUAGACCACAGGUUCUUAACGUCAGGUCAACAGACCCCUGAGGAGGUUCUGUGUAUGGCUUCUACUAGAUGUAGAAAUUCACCAAAUUCCGUUUGUGUGUGUGUGUGUGUGUGUGUGUGUGUUUCUAAGACAAAGGUCAAUAGCUUUCAGUAGAUUCUCAAAUAUGGCUGCUUUCCAGAACAGCAUUAAAAGGAGGUGAGUUAUUUGCCCCCAAACUUUUUAAGAUGGUUGGCUAACAAGAAGAGAUGUCAAGAAGAGUCCUUUGGUCUACCACACAGUGGAUGCAGCCAGCACAGUCCCCUGAGAUGUUUGCCUCCUCCUUACAAAUACAUAUUCCUCUCUUGUCAAUCGCAUGCUUUUGUAUUCUGAAUGAUCUUUCUUGUCAUAUGAAUAAGACUAGGGCCACUAUUACCUGAAAUGUGGACUUUUGCUUUCUCUUAGAAAAAUUAUAGUUGGGACUAUAGUAGAGUACUAGCCUAGCACAUGUGACACACUGGGUUCAAUCUCCAGCACUGCAAAAUAAUGGUAAUGAUAAUAAAUAAAUAAAUCUAUGUGGUCAGAUUUGUUCAGAAGCUUGGGCACACCUGAUAAUGAACAGUUCAACAGAUGGAACGUAGAAGCAGUCUAAGCAAGCCUUGUGUAUACUGUCAGGAGUUUAUUUAGGUAGAGUGGACCAGGUUGGGAGGGGCUAUAUAAGCAGCUCCUUUUCACUUCCCUCUCCCCUCACAACAGAGUUGCAUGCAGAUCAUGCCAAAGGCAAGGUAUGAGACAGAGAAGCCCCACUUCCAGGCUGAGAAAUGGCCCCUGAGGCUACUACACCACCACCUCCACUGCUAUGGCACUAAGCCCAUGGUGUGACCUGCAAAGUAGACUUAACUUAGGUUGCUCAGAAAGAGCAGGUCUUUGUUGUUUUACCCUCCUUAACACUCUUCCAGCAUCCAGAUGACACAAAAUCAAACAUACAGACUCAUCCUGUUUGUUUUUCUCUGUAGACACCAGAAUCCUGAAGUUGAACUCUUGUUCCUCUUCCUCUACUUUCUCUCUUUCAUCUCAUCACGGAUCUCAGCAGGGGGGUUUGAAAAAGGAUUAGAAAUUUGGUCCAAGAACUAAACACCAAGAGGAUAAGAACCCCUUCUAGUUUGCACACUCUGAAUUUAAAAACUAUUAUUUUCCUUACCCUGUCUCCCUGAUCUAAGUGAAAUUUCCACCCCCAAAUGCAUCUUUGCCCAGAGUAGCAGUUGUAUAAGCUUCUGAGUUAUAGUCAGACUCACUGCUAUAUGGUCAUAAGAAACCUUUUGCCAAGUCUAGAGAGCCUUUUUGAUCUGAGGUUCUUACAACUGCAGCCCUUGGCCAGAAGUUAGACCUCAGAUUUUGACAGAGGUUAUUUCAUAUGUGUAUAUUAGCUUGAAUUCUUUCAGGCUUAAAAAGUUUAUU